GUCCCAACUCCCAACAUUACGAGACGCCUCGCCGGCCGCGCCGCGCCCAACUCCUCUGAUCCUCUUCCUUGUCCCCACCCUCUUCUCCGAUGGCGACGCUGCAGCUCAACCACAUCGCGCGGGAGACCUCCGACGUGGCCCGACUCGCCGCCUUCUACGAGGCCGUGCUGGGGUUCGAGCGCAUCCCUUCGCCCACCUACUCGGGCUUCCAGGUCGCAUGGCUCCGCCUCCCGAGCUCCCCCGACGUCGCGCUCCACCUCAUCGAGCGGGACCCCGCCGCGGCACCCGUCGCGGUGGGGCCUGGCGCCGAGGGCGCGCCGCCGUCGCAGCUGCCCCGGCGCCACCACCUCGCCUUCUCCGUCGCUGACUACGACGGGUUCGUGACCGGGCUGAAGGCGCGCGGCACCGAUGUGUUCGAAAAGUCGCAGCCGGAUGGGCGCACGCGCCAGGUCUUCUUCUUCGACCCUGACGGCAAUGGCCUAGAGGUUACUAGCGCUGGUGCAGGGAAUGAGAAGUGAACAGAGACCAUGAUUUGCAGUCUACUUCUAUUUUAUCGUGCAAUACCUCAGCAAACCCUGCCUACAUGAUGCGAUCGAAACCGGAGACGUUCCUGGGUCAAGCUUCGUUCCGUAAAAUAAAUAAAUCCGAAGCACUUCAAAGCUCUACAUACUCGCCCUUGCUUGUUUGAGACAAGGGCUUGCGUUCUUGCUGCAUCUCAUCCGAGAUGAUUGUAAUCCGAACAAUGUGUAGUUAAUAAAAAUGUCGCUUUGCCCUGAAAAUGUUUUACGCUGUAACAUCGCUCUGUACGUGAUUGGAUUUCCUACAUGACAACUGGCUAAUGGAGUCUAAAUAAUUUCCUUGUCAUUCACUCA